AUGCUCGCCCGAAACACUCUUCGACAGACCAUUCGAAAGGCCCAGCCCAUGGCCGGCCGAACCCUGACCACCGCCGUUCUGCCCAAGCUGGACUACGACUUUGGCGCCCUGGAGCCCUUUGUGGCCGGCCAGAUCAACGAGAUCCACUACACCAAGCACCACCAGACCUACGUCAACUCGUUCAACGCCGCCUCCGAGCAGCUGGCCUCCGCCGAGAAGGACGGAGACCUCAAGAAGAUUGUCGAGCUGCAGAACCUGAUCAACUUCCACGGCGGAGGACACAUCAACCACUCUCUGUGGUGGAAGAACCUGGCUCCCAAGGGCCAGGGUGGAGGCGAGCUGCCUUCUCCCGACUCGCCUCUCGGCAAGGCCAUCAAGGAGCAGUGGGGAGACGCCAACAAGCUGAUCGAAACCACCAACGCUGCUCUCGCCGGUGUCCAGGGCUCCGGAUGGGCCUGGAUCGUCAAGAACAAGCUCACCGGUGACAUCGAGGUCAUCACCAAGCAGAACCAGGACCCCGUGGCCGGCAACCACAUCCCUCUCGUCGGUAUCGACGCCUGGGAGCACGCCUACUACCUCCAGUACAAGAACGUCAAGGCUGACUACUUCAAGGCCAUCUGGAACGUCAUCAACUGGCAGGAGGCUGAGAAGCGAUUCCUCGGUGAGGCCAAGUUUGUCAACGGCCAGUAA